GAGAGAGACCCAGAGCUGCCAUUCAGCUGCUGGAAGUCUGGCAGGAAACUUUCUCAUUCCUCUCCUCAGCAGCAGCAGUUUGCCGUCUGAACCACACAUGUUCGGACCCAGCAGCCGGACCCACUCACUCUAAAGUCAUGGUUCUGCCGGUCCACGCUCCGUCGGCACGCUACUGAGGCUCGCGCACACCAGGGCGAACCUGACGUAACCUGGAGACGCUUUGGACCUUCGUGACAGUGAUUUGUUUGGAACGAUGGAGAUUUUGUUUUACCUACUCGCCUUCGUGUUGACCCGGGAGGGUUCGGGUCUUGGAUAUGUCGCCGAUUCCAGCGUCCAGGCAGGUCAGAGAGCGGCAAGCAGACACAGGAACUGGUGUGCUUACGUGGUGACGAGGACAGUGAGCUGCGUUAUGGAGGACGGGGUGGAGACGUACGUCAAACCAGACUAUCAGCGCUGUACGUGGGGCCAAUGUCCCCGGGUCCCUUACCGGACAUACAGGAGGCCGAGGUACAAGGUAGCGUACAAGAUGGUGACGGAAAUGGAGUGGAAAUGUUGCCACGGUUACUCAGGGGAGGACUGCCUCCAGGGUCCUCACGGGACCCUUGACACUCGGGUCAACGGAGGGCAGACACAGACGCCACAGCCCGGUGGUGGAAGGAAGGGCGAACAAGGCGAGAGCGAGAGAAUCCAGGAGCUGCAGGACACGAUCACCGGACUCAAGAAAGAACUCAGUGACAUGAAGACCACCAUUGACGGCAUAAACCAAAAGCUGCCCAGCUUGAACGGGGCCACCGUUCCUGCGGAUUCAGCUCAGCCGUUCAUGAAGGAAACCAUCAACACCAUCCAGACCAGGCUGGACCAUCUCUACAACAGAACACAGGUCCAUGAUGAGACGCUGCUGAACAUCAACAACCAUUUGGUGAAUGGAGGGGGGAAUGAACUGGAUGGAAAUGUUGAGCCAGGAGGAGGAGGAGGGGACCAGCUGAACACGCUGAAGGAGGAGAUCCUGACUGAGCUGGAGCGAAGAGUUUCUCUGUCCUGCUCUUCCUGUCAGGUUGGUGUGGAGGACUUGAGACGGCAGCAGGCGGAGGACAGGGAGAGGAUCAGAGCCUUGGAGAAGCUCAUAAACUCCAUGGACCAAAACAUCAGGCGUGACUUGGAAAUCUACCGCAGAGAAAACAAGCAAUCCCAGACCUGCUGCAACACCAUCACAGAGCUGGAGAAGAGGCUGUCGAGCAUAGACGUUCGACUUACGUCCACUUCGGAGAAGUGUGACAUCAUCAAAGAGCGACUGGAUAAGGAGCUGGCUGGGACGGGUGGAGCAAAGGGACGAGUCACUGAGGAUCGGUUUAACAGCAGGCUGAGAGAGAUGGAAAAGAGGUUCAACAGCACGAUGAGGAAGACGGAGCAGAAGUGCACCAACACCGGGAGCAGCUUGAAAGAAAGCCUGCAAAGAGAUUUCACCCAGCUGCGUAACAGCUUCUUUAUUCAGCUGGAUGACCACAGCUCUAAAAUCGGAAAACUAGACUUGGAAGUUGCGGAUCUCGGCGAUACAGUGAGGGACCACAGCAGGCGUUUGAGCCAUCUGGAGAACGUUACGGUCUUCCUUGACAGAAAGCUAGCCUCAACCACAGAGAUGUGCAGUGAGACCUGCGGGCACAACGGAAAAAACCCAGCGACAGACGAGACUGUGAAAACCUUGGAGUGGAGAGUUGUGACCAAUCAGGAACACAUCAAGAGGUUUAACAACACCCUGAACAACUUGUCUGUGACGGGAGACUCCCUGAUUGACAGAUUGAUUGACCUCACCAAUGACAUCAACAGGAUAAAAGCUGUAACCGGACAGAACGGUGAACACUUCACCCGCAUUGUCUCAGAGAUAGACACACUGGGCAGAGACCUUGACGACUGUUUCGUUUGCCGCAACGUGGAGCAGGACCUGCGCUUGCUCACCAACUCCACAAUGAUCGGCCUUAACAGAUGCCAGACAGAACUGACGGAUCUGCGGAGAAAAGUUGACUCGGGAGAGUCCACCUGUUCUCAGGUUUGCUCCAACCUUCAGGAAGAGGUGGGGCGACUUAGGAAGGAUGUGGAAGAAUGUACGGGACAGUGCAAGACCAACAUAAACGACUUGAAGAAACGGUUGGACGGUCAUACUUUCCACAGCGGGAAAUUAGGUGGGGAUCUGAGGUCAGUCCAAGGAGAGCUGAACAAUGUCAUGAUUACUUUUAACUCCAUUAAUAACACACUGAAGGACCUGGGGCGGACUGUGAAGACACAUAGUACCACGCUGACGGAUCUAUCCAGCACAAAUUCAAACACCAUUUCUGUGGUGGAGGACCUGAAGAAUGAGCUGACGGAGCACGUCGAAGAUGCCAACGUCCGCUUCGGCAACCUGGGCAGAGAGAUCCAGAUAAUCAGGAACAACUACGCGAUGGAAGUGGGGGAGUGUCGGCGGUCCGGCGACGGCCUGGACCGAAGGCUCUCCAAGCUGGAGGGGCUCUGCGGCCGCCUGGACUCCUUCACAGACAGCCUGGACAAAAUCAAACAGGGCCUGAACAAACACGUGUCUGGCCUGUGGGGCUGCGUGAACGGCCUCAACGUCACCGUGACGUCCCAAGGAGAGCUCAUUGACAACAUCCAGACCGUCCAGCUGGACCGUGUCCACUCCAGGAUACAUACGCUCAACUCCUCUGUGCUGGACUUGGGAAGGCAGUUCACCGUUUUCAGGGAUCAGGACUUUAGGGGUCCCCCGGGGCCUCAAGGAGAGAGAGGCGAAUCUGGACCACCGGGUCCUAUUGGACCCCAAGGAAGAGUGGGACCUCCAGGCAGAGAAGGCAGACAGGGACCAGUGGGACCCCCAGGACUCAGAGGAGAACAGGGGUCCGAUGCUCACGUGCCGCGCCUUUCUUUCUCUGCUGCGCUGACUCGUCGGAUGAGGAAGACGGGAACCAUAGAGUUCAACGAAGUGUUUGCCAACGAAAAUAAAGCCUACGAUCCUGAAACAGGUGUAUUUACGGCGCCCCUGAGUGGCAGAUACUUUUUCAGCGCCAUUUUGACAGGUCACAAAAACAUGAAGAUCGAGGCGGUGCUUUCUAAGUCGAACGUUGGCGUUGCCCGAGCGGAUUCAGCAGGAUAUCAGCCCGAAGGCCUAGAGAAGCCCAUGGCGGAGGCCAAACACAUCCCCGGAGCCCUGGCUGUGUUCAACAUCAUUCUGCCCUUAGAGGUCGGGGACACGGUCUGCAUCGACCUCGUAACGGGCAAGCUGGCCUUCUCCUCUGAACCCUUAACCGUCUUCAGUGGGAUGCUGCUGUACUAGACCGUCAGACAGGACGGCGUACGAUUUCAGAGUUCAUCUUGUUGUAUUGAAACCUCUGCUUUGGACUCUUAACUCAAAGAGCCAUCGACAGUGGGUGAAACUGAUACCAGUGGACUGGAUUCAUCCAGCGAAGAGAAAAAAUUGCUUGACAGCUUUAAGGAAAAGUUUUUAUUUUCUUGAUUGAGAUAUAUUUUUAUGUGGAAAAGAUGCCACUGCAGGGUGAUUUCCUAUGUUUCUAUAAACUUGGACGCUUUACUGAUUGCACCAGGACAUCCAUCAAGUUUCACUUGUGUUUAAAAAAAAAUAAGGAUAUUUAGUCAAAUGGAGAAAGAUUAAAGAUGUGGGUGUUUUUUUAUUUAUCUGCGCUGUCCACCCACGUCACAUCAAAUCCUCAGCAUUCAUUCCACACUCGUUUAGCCGUUGUAUCUUUUUCUUUUUUCUUUUUCUUUUAAUACGAUCAUUUAUUUUUGUGUUACUCACAGUUUCGUUUUGACCACAAGUGAGUUCCCAGAAACGCAACGCCGAGUGCCAAUUGUCUCGAGGAAAAAAUGCGGGAGGGACAAAGUCCAAACCACUAUUCUUUAGGAGGAAAUGCACAAAUGAAGUCACUGACAGUUCAGCAUAGAGAGACCACAGGAUUUUAUAAAUCAUGCGGCGCAUAAAACAAUAAGGCCAUUUUAGGACUUUGGCCGUGCCCCGAAACACAAAGGAAGGAGAGGAUUUGUCAAAAGGAACAGAAGGGAUUUUUCUUCUCACUCUGCGUCCUUAUACGGGACAUCUAAAAUUAGAAGACGAGGACUGAGGUCUUACAGUAACAAAAGUUUGUCGUCAGCAUAAAAACUCUGCUGAUUAUACAACAUAUAACUAGAAUGAUUUUUUUAAAUGCAAGAUUUGUGGUAAAAGGUUGGAUUUAUUCUCAACGUUUUAUUAAAUAUACACAUAUAGCUCCACUAA